AGAUAGGGAACCUAAAACCCUGCCCUCCCGAUGGCGGCGGGGAACGGCGGCGGCGGCGGCUCGCGGCGCGCGCUGCCGAACGUGCUGGUGACGGGGACGCCAGGGACGGGGAAGACGACGACGUGCUCCCUCCUCGCCGACGCCGCCGGCCUCCGCCACAUCAACAUCGGCGACCUCGUCAACGAGAAGGGCCUACACGACGGCUGGGACGAGGACCUCCAGUGCCACGUCAUCAACGAGGACCUGGUCUGUGACGAGCUUGAGGACAUGAUGGAAGAUGGUGGUAUACUAGUAGAUUAUCAUGGAUGUGAUUUCUUUCCGGAACGUUGGUUUGACCUAGUAGUUGUGCUCCAGACUGACAACUCAAUUCUGCAUGAUCGCUUGACGACCAGAGGUUAUAUGGGUGCCAAGCUUACGAACAACAUAGAGUGUGAGAUCUUCCAAGUGCUCCUGGAGGAGGCAAUGGAGAGCUACAAAGAGGACAUAGUGAUGCCCUUGCGAAGCGACAAUGUGGAGGAUAUUAGUAGAAACGUGGGUACUUUGACAGAGUGGAUAAACAACUGGAGACCAUCCCAAUGAUAGUUGACCUGUUAAACUUGUAGGGUGUCAUGUGGGGAUAUUGCCGACUCCCCGAAAAAAUUGUUCUUAUUUCCUUAGAUUGUAUGCUCUGUGUAUUGAUUUAGAUUAUAUGUGGUCGAGAUGUGACUUCUUUAGAAAAGUGUAUGGGCGUCCUCGAUCUUGGUAAUACGAUUUUGUUUGUGAGAA